AUGAGUCAAGAUCUAUCCUUACCACCACCGCCACCACCGAUUUCCCCUGCACAAUCUGAAGUGACGGUUUUGAAUGUUGCAACAACAAAACCUGACGAUCAAGACGAUGAGAGCAAGUUUGAACCGCCGAGGUUGAGCUUGUUUAGAUUGUUUUUGUUGUUCCUGGGCUUUGGAUUUGAAGCCUUCGGUGGCCCUGUAGCUCAAAUAGCACUCAUCAAGCAGAAAUUGGUUGUGGAACAAAAAUGGAUUUCAAUACCAAAGUUUAACAAGGUCUAUGCCGUGUAUCAAGUCCUCCCUGGGCCAGAAGCAGCCGAGCUAUGCUGCUAUUUUGGUCAUCUCUCUCGAGGCAAAAUAGGAGCACUGAUAGGAGGAUUGGGAUUUAUACUCCCAGGAUUCUCAUUGAUGCUGUUAUUAAGUUGGGUCUAUUCCAUCAUUGGACUGGAUAAUCCGUAUUUCCAUGCUUCGUUUAGAGCACUACAGCCUGCUGUUGCUGCCAUGGUGGCAGUGCAUAAACUGGCCGAACAUGCAGUGAUUGAUCACAAGACGAAAAAAAUCCAAAACCAUUUGCUAUUCUUGGCUUUAUUGGGUGCUUUGAAUUCGGCAUUACGGAUCAAUUUUCUGAUUACGCUGGCCGUGUUUGGUAUAUUGAAUGGGUUGUAUGACAGGAAAAUGUAUUGGGCUGCUGGACUCGUCUUUCUAGCUGGAUAUGGAGCUUAUGCUGCUUACUUUGCCGUAAAAGGAUUCCCAAGUGCUGCUGCUCUGGCAACAGGAAUAGCAAGCACACCAACACUCGCCCGCAUAUUCGCAGUCUCUCUCAUGGUCGGCUCACUAUCAUUCGGCGGAGCCUUCACAACAAUCCCGUUUAUGCAACAAGAAGCAGUGGUAGUGGGUGGUUGGAUCUCCCAACAACGCUUCCUCGAUGGCAUUGCCCUUGCGAACGUCCUCCCAGCACCAACAGUCAUAUUCACCACAUUCGUCGGAUACACUGGUGGCGAAUACUAUUAUAACGACAUAGGGUAUGCAUUUGCAGGUGCUAUAUUAGCCACUGUCGGAAUCUUCUUGCCAUGUUUUGCAUUUGUGAUUAUUGGACACUCGUUCUUUGAACGGGUUGUUAAUAUGCCUGCUGUAUCGGCUGUGCUGGAUGGUGUGUCGGCCUCUGUGGUGGGCAUUGUUGCUGUGACGGCAUUGCAGAUUCUUAGAUCGGCUAUCUCGGUUAAUUUGGUUGCUAUUACGGCUGUUGAUGCUAGAUUCACUGCUGUAAAUGAAUCGCUGCUGGCGGUUGUUGUGUUUGUCGCAGUUUUGGCUGCUUUUCUGAGAUCACGCCCUAAUAUUGAACAGCUGAUCAAACACCAUUUGCUUACUGGAUCUGGUGCCAGUAAAAUAUCUAUCAACGCAUCGUCCAAGACCCCCAGGAAUAGCCCAGGAAAACGAUUCAACGCCUCCGUCUUCAAAGCUGCCGAAAAUGUCUUCGAAUCCUUGACCGAAGUCCACUCUGAUACUCGUGCUCAACGACUUACGUCUCGACUUGCUGCAUGCAAAUCGUCAGACGCCAGUUUUAUGAACAAAUGUCGUGAAUGA